UUCACUAGGCUUACCUAUAGAAAUGGGAGGAUUUAGGACUGACCAAGUACUUCAAAUUAAGAUGCGCAAGACUGAUGGAAAAUUUCCACCCAAGGAUUUGCAGAAUGGGGGGAAGAUUGAGGAUGGGGUUUUAUUAGAGGAGUUGCAGAAUGGGGGAAAGAUGGAGGAUGGGGAUGUAUCAGAGGAGGACUAUCAAAGGGGUACUUGGAGCCACAAGCUGGAUUUCCUGUUGUCUGUGAUUGGAUACUCAGUGGGUGUGUCUAACAUCUGGAGAUUUCCAUACUUGUGUAUUAGGAAUGGAGGAGGAGCCUUCCUGAUUCCGUUUUUCUUCUUCCUGAUCUUCUGUGGAAUUCCCCUGUACUUCCUGGAGCUAUGUUUAGGACAGUUCUCGGGAGUCAGCUCCAUAUUUGUGUGGAAGCUCUGUCCAUUGUUCAAAGGUUUAGGAUUUUUGAUGGUGAUCGUAUCAGCUUUGAUGUCAUGGUACUACAUCACUGUGAUAGUAUGGGUGCUGUACUACCUCGUCAAUUCCUUCUUUGACCCAUUGCCAUGGUCAGUCUGCACAGAGAGCUGGAACACUGAAUACUGCAUCGAGUCCAGGGCCAAAGCAGCUGGUAAUGUCACAAUAGCAGCAGCCAAUUCAUCAUUUUACAAUAUCACAGGGAUGACCAGGUCUGGAUUUCAGAAUGGCACAUUUACUACUAGUGCUACAACACAAUCAGAACUUCAGAAUACCUCCCCUGUUCUCACUAACAGUGCUCUAGCCAAUGUUACCAUAACUGGGACAGGGUAUAGUAUUCAGGAUAUAAUCAAAGAUUCACCAACAGCAGCCAAGGAAUUCUGGCAGCGUCGAGUGCUGAGAAUUUCCAGUGGUUUUGAUAAUCCAGGCUCAGUAGAACCUCACCUCAUAAUUGGCUCAUUAGUGGCCUGGGUGCUUGUCUUUUUCUGUCUUAUGAAAGGUGUCAAAUCUGUUGGAAAAGUUGUAUAUGUGACAGCAGUGUUGCCCUAUAUUUUGCUCACUGUAUUCUUGAUCAGAGGCCUAAUGCUGGAGGGGUCAGUUGAUGGCAUUAUGUAUUAUCUGACCCCUGACUUCUCAAGACUGUCAGAUUUUCAGGUGUGGCUUGAAGCUGGAAUUCAGGUCUUCUACUCCUUGGGGCCAGCAUGGGGAGGACUCAUCACAAUGUCUAGUUACAACAAAUUCAAUAACAACUGUUUUAGAGAUGCAAUCAUUGGAAGCUUGGCUGAUGGACUGACAAGUUUUUAUGCUGGUUUUGUCAUUUUUACCGUACUGGGCCAUUUGGCGGUUGUGACAGGAUUAAAAAUCAGUGACAUGGCUGAUUCAGGUCCAGGACUGGCCCUUGUUGUAUACCCUGAGGCCAUGUUGUCCCUUCCUUUUCCUCAUCUGUGGGCUGUGCUCUUUUUUCUGAUGCUAUUAACUUUAGGAAUAGAUAGUCAGUUUGGAACCUUUGAAACAGUGUCCAGUGGUCUUGUUGAUGCAUUCCCUCAGUAUUUUGGUGGAAGGAAAACUCUUUUGACAGCUGGACUGUGUGCCAUUAUGUUUAUUUUGGGUCUACCUUUUACUACCAGUGGAGGGAUGUAUUAUUUUCAAAUUGUUGAUUGGUAUGCAGCCUCACUCUGUGUCACAUUGACCUCAUUCCUAGAAUGUGUCAUAGUUGGCUGGAUUUAUGGUGCUGAUAGAUUCAGUAAAGAUGUGAAGAUGAUGCUAGGAAUGGAGGUGAAUGUGGUUAUACGUGUCUGUUGGUGUAUCAUCACACCUCUUGUUAUGUUGGCAGCUUUCAUUAUAACCCUGACAAACUACCAGCCCCCUACCUAUGAGGGAUAUGAAUACCCUAUACACGCCCGUGUUAUAGGCUUCCUUCUCUCUCUCAUUCCACUGGUUCCAUUACCAGUAACAGCCAUUUAUUACUUCUCCAAGACAAAUGGAACUUGUUUACAGAGAUUAAGAAAACUCACCCAACCAUCAGCUGAUUGGGGUCCUCAUUUAAAUAAAUACAAGAGAGAGUACCAGGAAAACCUACAGAACACUCCUGAUGAGGCACCUCUCCUCCUCACUGCCAAAAGGAACCUCCUCGGGAAUCUUGUUAGAUGAUCUUAGUGCUUUUUGAAGGAUUUAUUUUCCGGCUUUCUGUUGUGUUUCAUAAAUUACUUGUCGAUGAAUUGUUAUAAUGGAGUCCUAUAUACAUAGAUUUAAUCAGAAAAUUUUCUGUCAAAACUGAAAGCUUCUGCAAAAGUGUUGUGUAUUUUGGCUUUUGUUGUGAAACUAUUGUCAUCAUAUUCACCAGCAAAGUCACCUGGUUUCUUAACCAUUUCAGAUGGAGAAAAUGUUCAAAGAUAAGUUAACUUAAAUAUAUUGAAUGAAAACUAAGAAGUUUACAGUUGUAAAUGUUCUGUUUUGUUGAAUAUGAUUUAUAACUGGAAACUGAAUUCCAUGUAACUAUAUAAAUUUAAUAAAUCUACAGAUCCAAA